CUGGAAAACCUUCGUCAAAGCUGUCAAUGUCAAGCGCUAUCACCUAAGCCCGAAUGGUAGGCCUGCAUCAACGUCCAUUCGCAUUACUCCCUGCCAAAGUCGGCCUACCAAAGUGACGACGACUCCCAGGCCCCGCUACGCUCCUCCCAAGUCAGGAAACGGUCUCAAACUGCUCAGCCUAGACGCCCUAAGAGUGCUACGGUUGCGCAUCUUCAGAAUAUUGAAGCUGGAUUCGAGGGUGACCCGGCUAAGUACGACAAGCUUGCUGCGCUACGAGCACUUCCAGCCCGCUGGAUGUGCUCAAAGCAUCACCAAAGCAUCUGCUACAUUCACCCUCUCAGCGGAGUCCAUCGCCGUGUCAACUACAUGCAGCAAGACCGCUGGGCAAUUGCUGUUGUCGAGCCUGGUGCUACGGUCACCAUCGAAAGGCCUCCCAUUUCAGACUCAGUCUUCAAGGACUUUCACGAAGCAUUUCAGCGAGCGGAUAUACCGGCUAGCACACCUGAUUCCCCCCCCAGCUCAGCAGGGUAUCCAAUGCUGCCUACUCCGCUGUCUGCUGACAUGGUGCAUCCAUUUAGUCAAGGCACCCUAGCCCCUAACCCCAUGAGAGGCUCCAGCCCUCUUAUGGGACCAGCAGCAGACGAUCUGGAUGGAUCCCUGGAGUUUGUACGGGAGCAUUUGCCUGCCUACACCAACUU